CAGGUAGGGGGCGGUGUGCGGGGGUGGGGCGUCUCCUGAGGGCGGGACUGGAGCGCGAGUCUCAGGUGCUGCGCUCUUUUGUCCGAGGCCCAACUUUCUACUCCACACAGAGCUGUUUCUGCGGCUGCCGGUUCAGGGGACACCGGGUUCCCUAGGAGCCGCCCCAGGCUUAAUGAUUGUCCAGAAGGAGGCUAUAAAGGGAGCCUGGGAGGCUGGGCGGAGGAGGGAGCAGAAAAAGCCUAACUCAGCAGACCUGGCGCUGAGAGCCCGCCAGCCCCAGCCGUGGUCAGAGACUUUGUGUCCCAGCCAGUAGGGCCUGCUCCCUGCCACCAUGGCAGCCCGAGGCUAUGGCUAUUACCGAACCGUGAUCUUCUCGGCCAUGUUUGGAGGCUACAGCCUGUACUACUUCAACCGCAAGACCUUCUCCUUUGUCAUGCCGUCGUUGGUGGAGGAGAUCCCUCUGGACAAAGAUGACUUGGGGCUCAUCACCAGCAGCCAGUCCGCUGCCUACGCCAUCAGCAAGUUUGUGAGCGGGGUGCUGUCUGACCAGAUGAGUGCUCGCUGGCUAUUCUCUUCUGGGCUUCUCCUGGUUGGCCUGGUCAAUGUAGCCUUUUCCUGGAGCUCCGCGGUGCCUGUCUUUGCUGCUCUCUGGUUCCUCAAUGGCCUGGCACAGGGGCUGGGCUGGCCCCCAUGUGGCAAGGUCCUGCGGAAGUGGUUUGAGCCAUCUCAGUUUGGCACUUGGUGGGCCAUCCUGUCAACCAGCAUGAACCUGGCUGGAGGGCUGGGCCCCAUCCUGGCAACCAUCCUCGCCCAGAGUUACAGCUGGCGCACCACGCUGGCCCUGUCUGGGGCACUGUGUGUAGCUGUCUCCUUCCUCUGUCUCCUGCUCAUCCACAAUGAACCUGCUGAUGUUGGACUCCAAAACCUGGACCCCACCCCCUCCAAGGGCAAGAAGGGCUCCCCGAAGGAGGAGAGCACCUUACAGGAGCUGCUGCUGACCCCUUACCUGUGGGUGCUCUCCACUGGCUACCUUGUGGUGUUUGGAGUAAAGACGUGCUGUACUGACUGGGGCCAGUUCUUCCUCAUCCAGGAGAGAGGACAGUCUGCCCUCGUGGGUAGCUCCUACAUGAGUGCCCUGGAGGUUGGGGGCCUUGUAGGCAGCAUCGCAGCUGGCUACCUGUCAGACCGGGCCAUGGCCAAGGCAGGGCUGUCCAUCUACGGGAAUCCCCGCCAUGGCCUGCUGCUGUUCAUGAUGGCUGGCAUGACGGCAUCCAUGUACCUCUUCCGGGUCACUGUGACCAGUGACUCCCCCAAGGAUAUUGCUUUCUGGACUCCGGCUCUUCACCCUCUUGCUGAGCUCACAGGCUUUACAGAGAAUGAGCUCUGGAUCCUGGUGUUGGGAGCUGUGUUUGGUUUCUCCUCUUAUGGUCCCAUCGCCUUGUUUGGAGUUAUAGCCAAUGAGUGUGCCCCUCCGAACUUGUGUGGCACCUCCCAUGCCAUUGUGGGACUCAUGGCCAAUGUGGGCGGCUUUCUGGCUGGGUUGCCCUUCAGCACGAUUGCCAAACAUUACAGUUGGAGCACAGCCUUCUGGGUGGCUGAGGUGAUCUGUGCGGCCAGCACAGGUGCCUUCUUCCUUCUACGAAACAUCCGCACCAAGAUGGGCCGAGUGCCCAAGAAGGCUGAGUGAGGACAGUGCAGGCUCCAGAGCAUCCUGUCCUACUUGUGGCCUUUCCCCUCCGUGGGGGUAGGGAGGGAAAGAAUGGAGGGUGCCGUCUUCACUAGCACCUUUGACUUUCCCUUUCUGCUCCUUUUCCCUUAUCUACAUGGCACUGGAAGUUAUCAGUAGUUAAUGAGGUCCCAGCUCAUCUCAUCUCUAUUUAAAGGACAACCUUUGUUCUUGGACUCCAUUAGCUCCUAUUUCCUGCCUUCAAAUAGGAACCCCCUGCACUCAGGAAGUCUCCUAUACCCUUCUCCCUCUCCUGAGCCCCACCCUGUCUCCAUCUCACCCCAUCCUCACUUGAGGUGAGGCAUCUCCUGCCUGCAGCAGCUGGGCAGCCAUGGCCCGAGACUUCUUCCAGAAGACCUCAGCAAGGAGGCAACUGCUCCUGCCAAUACUUUGGAGUUCAGGGCCAAAAGGUCACUCUCACCAAUACAAGGGUACAAUAGGUGGGAGGGUAGAAAGAUUUGUUAUAGAGAAUUAAAACUAGAUUUGAUACUAA